AUGGGAGAGACCUCUGCCAACUCGCCCUUGAGUGCCGCCACCACUGUACCGUCGUCCAUUUUCCCUUCACCUCACAGAUCCAGCCGUAUUACGCAGGUUAGUUUCGAGCUGUCAUUUACCUGAUAUUCCGAACCUUGCAUCUUUUCAAUGGCUCAUCCAAGUCCAGUAUACUAAAUUUGUCCGCCAAGCUCCUGAUGACUGUUACUAGUAACAGCCGUUCACCCGAACCGGUUAGUCAACAGACGCACAUUACCACUUAUGCAGAUUUUAAAUAAACCCGCUGUCUUUGCAAAAGCCGUGGUUAAUAUGCAGGCCUGCCCUCCGUCUCAAAAGUGUCUGAUGCUCUUCCAUAGGUCCUGUAUAAAUUCGCGAAAGAAAUUAAACGAAUUAGGUUUAUAUUUUGGUCAAAGGAUUUUUGUGUUUUGCUUCAGGCAAGACCAGCAACCGGCAUUGUUUGCGGUUUUCACUAAUCGCUGCCUUCUUACACAGCAGUUUAGCCUUCCUUUCGAAAGCGGUCGUGUUCAUGUGGCAGGCCCCUGGAAUUCCUCUUAUGCCGAUGCUCACUUAUCUAGGCUUCUCGACAGGGAGUGAGUUAGUCAGCAAUUUCACAGGCGUGUUUCAGGGCUCAUUAAAUGAGCUUUCAUCCCACGUUUAUGAUUAUUAUCGAAAUCUUUAAUAGCUGGUAUUCUAUUCUUAAAACUACCCAGCAUAGGCUUUCCGACAUGAAGACCGCUGUCCCACUGGAUCGCAGUGCCCGCCGACAUGCUUCCCCACCCACACAAAGCCUGUGGACUAGUUCAUUGGCCUUGACGAAGAACCCCGAUGUCUUCUCUGAGAGCGUCCGCCACAGCACCCCAAACGCCAGCUUUGGUCGUUCUCCAAUGUUACAGCAAGGUUUGCGGCCUGCAUUGGACUCGCCCUUCGGCAACCCUCGUUCAGAAAUCAAGCAGGAGCAAUCGCACAGGUAGUUUGUUCACUUUUCCUUAUUUUCAGAUCAUUUCGAGUAUCUGGAACCAUUCAUUCCUCUCAGAUUGUGGGGUCGGUUUCUUAUUAGACUUUGCGGCGUCAUGUGCACCUACUCCAAGUUGUAUAGGCGCCUAACCGAUAGCUUUAGUCAAAAGUACCCACACUUCUGAGUUAGAAGGUACCUUCUUAUGUAAACAACAAAAUAUUGCCUCACCUCAGUUAUCUCGUGAUAGACUGAGCAACGAAUGGGUUAGUAAUUCGAGUAACAUGAUCCAUGACCGUGGUCCUUACCGACAUUAAUGCAAAUUCUGCAUGUCACCUUUUCAGAAGGUUGAAGAUUCUAAACUAUUAUGAUCGUCUCUAACACAAUCACCCUUGCCCUGGUAUAGGCCGUCACCCUCUAAAAUAGACUCUACCGUCUUUAUAAUGUGAUACGGCAUUUGGCGCUUUCGUUCAAACGCUUAUAUUUUGAUUCGGAUUGGCUAUUGAUGCGGUCAAUUACUGCGUUUAGUUUGAUAUGCCGAUCCGCAAGUGACUGCGUCUAAAACAUAUUUGACUACGAACGGCCGGGCACGUCACCUCAGAUGGUUACCUGCUUGCUUGUCAGCUGAGUUUUUUUAUCAAAGGCCAGUUUUCGAUUUAAAUGCGAAUUUUAUGGUAGUUUUACUGUCCUUAUCUCGGACGUCAAUUUCCGUUAAUGAAUUUCUGUCAUUUUAGCGGUCCGACUUUACUUGAAGACGAUUCCACUGCAUGGGUUACCGUUUUCGGGUAUGUCUAUGCAUUCCCUUUUUAUAGCCGUUUUCGCAUUUAAUUUGACAAAAGACUGUGUUUCCAACAAAGUUUAUGCUUUAUUCCUCAAUACUGAACUUUUAACAUUGGGAUACGUUCGAAGGUAUUCAUACCUUCGUGCUCAAUAUGUAGUUGCUUUCCUGCAUCUUUAAGUCGAUAGUCAAUAAUUCCAACGCAUGCCUUGUGUUUAGGGCUACAGCUGAAAAACACAAUCUUCGCAGUUUAUAGAUACACCGGUAAAUGGCAGCUUUGUUCGCUCGAAACACUGCGCUCUGUUGGUCGUACUACCCUGCUACUAGUAGGGUAAUAUCAUUAAGAUAAUCCGCAGUGAUAUUGAACUCGUCCGAAAAUCCAGCCAUUGAUGUAGUUUAACAGGAGUGGUCAAAGGGUUUUUGUGGUUAUAUCUAUAACACGUGUCGGUUCAAACUCCGUUCCGUUUAUCCGCCGCAGUCACUUAAGGUGAAUUUAGCUGAACUCUGCAGCGAAAUCAACAGAACAGAAGACUGUUGCUUGCUAGAAGCCAUCGCGGAGUUCAACAAUAGUAGUUCUAUCGAGCCUCCGCGAGAGCAUGCCAGUGCGAUUAUUGGGUCGAUGGAUCUACAUCCAUCUGGGUGUCCAGUCUGUCUGGGUCUCGUAUUCGAGCCACUCACACUUUAAUGAGUAAUGAGGAGAAAUACCUUCGCCGCGUUGUCGUGGCAGAUUCCGCACUCCGUCUUAUCCUCUUUUCUGAAGACGGACUUAACCGAGCCUCAGCCAUCAGGAACAGCCAUAUCUCCCCAUACCUCUUUAACCAGCAUUGUGAUACGACUCUAGAAUGUUUAUGAGCCUUAUAAGCCUCAGUGGGGAUGCUGUCCACUCCGGGCUUUUUUGCAUCAAUUAUUUCUUACAGGGAGGGCGAAUAACAUGACACUGCAUAUGUUCUAUCUUGAUGGGCGUGAUGGAAGAGAAGGGAGGCGGGUUCUGGAGACAAGUGCUGUAUUCUAACAGUCUGCGAACACACGACUUUUUACCCUUUAAAAGACGCCUUAUUUAUUUGGGACCCUAGGCCUUCUGGAACGGUAUAGGCUGGCGAGGGAUAAGGUGUCGCCCCUGGAGAGAGGGAAAGAUGGUGGCACGUUGGUCUUAAGUCGAGAACUUAGAAAUGCGCACACAUAUGUCUGAUUUUAUCUUAUUUGUCUACAAUAAAGUGGUCGUUCGCAUCGCGUACCCAUUCAGUCUGUACAGGCCUGUUUCGUGGAAGUCGUCGCUUCUGCACAAUGUCCUUUGCGGUCAUUUCUGGUCAACUUCUGGUUCGUUAUUCGCAGUUGGCGUAGGGCAUGAUCGUUGGACGAUCUGGCUCAGACCGUCUCUGGGUGGACCAUGUUGCGCUGAUCCAGUUAUUUUAGCACCGUUGGGUAAAUCCAAAAAUUCCCUUACCUGCAUUGCCAAUUGAAGACAUCAGUGACGACUGUUUGCUUUUGCCCUUGUCGACUCAGGCUGCAGUCAGACCGUCCUUUUUGUUUGAAGCCUCAGAAAGGUUGAGCUAUUGUGUUUUCACGACAUCAAGACGUCUUGCGCGACGAACCUUAGAUAUAGAUGGAAAGUGAAUUCCUGGGCGUGUGCUGUCUGGAGCCUGGCCUGAAUAAUUAACGCUGCCAGUUUCACCAUCACUGAUUCACGAUCAUGAAUCCAGCUGGAAGACAUAUAACUACCAUGUACUCAGUCUGAUUCACCACACAACUAUCGUUGGAAUGUACGGCAAACAAACGUUUGCGACGAUGCUUGAAACGCGUUUUUGUGACAACCUGCUGACUCAAGUUAGCGAAGCUUAACAACCUCUCGCCGUCCUCUUGUCGAGAACGCAGUCCAAAGCGUCCAGUUAGAUGGCCGCUUGAAGAGUCGCUUGACCAAGCCCGACUACUUCAGUCACCUGCCACAGUCGAAGGGGCCCUUCAAUCGCGGCUCCAUUACAGCGCUGAUCGACAGCGCAUGUUGGGCAUCGACGGAAACGACAGGGGUGUGAUAGAGUGUCCCUCCGGUCCUACGUACGCCAGCCGGCCAUUUACUGAUUCCAGUGCAAGUAGUGCGUGUCUCAACUGUUGCGAAAGAGUUACACAGACAAAUGUAAUAAAUAAUAAAGGAAGAGUCGACUUCCGAGAUCACGAUUUCGUGAAAGCCUGAGCCUGGGGUUCGAACUUUAGACAGACAACGGACUCCGGCGGGGUACACUGGUGAGGACUUUGAGUGCUAAAGUCGAGUAACAUCGCACAUUCUGCUCACACAUCAUUCGUUCACGCUACUAAACCAGGGGCUUGGAGCGUUUAUAUUCAUAUUUAUGCUGUUGAAUAUAUCAUUGUACAACGCCCGAACACUUUAAACGAGGUUUUUCUAAAGUUCUGAAUUCUUCCGGUCUAUGACGACCAUCUGGACUGUUUUCUCCACGACUGUCUCUUCUGGGGCUUUGAUUCAAGUGAUGACAGGUAGAAUUAUUUUAUGACAGUCCGCAGUCGCAUUGCAGGGCCGUCACAACGCCUUGUGGCAUAUUACAAGGUAGUUAACUUGCCAAACUAGUGGCAUUUUCGCAGCCUUUCUGCAACCGUUUAUUUCAUGCACCCGAGAUUCCGCUUAUUUCACGGCUUGCCUUCAUCGAGAACCGUUCCACAAUCUACCUACGGACACGGUGGUUAGUCAGAUGCUAAAUUAGUAGGCAGGCCCAUCUUAAGCUGAACUCCUCAAUCUUCUUCCUUGAAAACCAUCUCCACGAAAAGUCAAAUUGAGUUUUAAAGUCAUUAUGAGAUCGACCGCAGCACAACCUGCGAAGGCUGUUUCUGAACACCGUUCCAAUUGGAUGAGUCUUUGAUCUUACCCCUAUUAUUGGAAAACUAAAAUGAUAUUUAAAUGUUAAAUCACCUGUCAUAUCUUAUAUGAAAUUCAUAAAGAGUGGCCUUGAUCUAUUUUAGGUACCCCGCAGCACAAGCGUCCCUCAUCCUCGACCAGUUUUCUCACUUCGGAACCAUCGAAAAAUAUCUCGUGAGUGGCCAAUUGCAUGUAACUGCUUUCUUUGCCUGGUCACUUUGAGUAAUCUUUCCGACUAGAAGUAACUUCUAGCAUUUAUUAGCGCACUCUACUCAUGAGAAAGAGAAAAUAACUGGGUUAUAGUAACUAAUUCAACGUUGAGAAUUGUCUACGGAUUGCCAUUUGUCGGCGGUUUCUGUACUUUUUUGCAGGAAGUACACGCAACUUGCAUUCUUGGCACCUGCACUUUUCAAAUGCCGUACAUCUGGGUAAAAUACAAAUUACUCCACGCACCUGGUUUGUUUGAAAACCGAAAACUCAUUCCUUUAAAGCCGCUAAGCCAAGGCUGGUCUUCGGAGCCAUUUGUUGACGCGGCUCCUUCUCGACAAAUGGUUGGCUUUUGUCAGACGGGGUUGCGUUAGAAUCAAUCCGAGGUACCAUUCUGUAUUUGGACAAAGCCAUUUCUCGUCAUGAGUGGCGCCAAACACUGUCCGUGUGCGCCUCCUAUCAGUGAAGACUAGAAUCAUUUUCUUGUCUUAACCAUGUCCGUUAGUUGGUCACCAGGAGGGGAGGGAAGAGUUGUGGGUAAGAAUCGGGUGAAGGACCCCAAGCAUCAGUGGCGUACAAAGAAUACCUACCUAACUUACUUAGGGGGGUGUUAUUCCGGCAUGAUUAUUUUGGUAUGGUGUUUCAUCGUACAAGGUUGUGUCGUCUGUUCUAGACGGUCUGUGGCAUUAUUUACAAUCAUUCCAGCCCAGAGAGUUGAGAAGCGAUCGUUGUGGACACUUAAUAUUUGUUUUUUAAUUGUCCUGCUUGAUUUCGGUUGCUAUCUGUUAAUGCAUUAAAACUUUUCCGCCCGAAAAACGGAUUUACCAACUAUCAAUACAUUUUUUGCCAUUCCUCUAUGCAUACACAGGCCCCGCUCGUAAGAACUCUAUUACCACCUUUCCCGUAGGACAGGCAUCUUUGGCCGGUCGUGUGUUUGGGGUCCUUUAACCGAUCGUUGCCGCGUUGUGCUCUUACAUCCGGGCGCUGCACGGGUGCGUGGGAAUAAUUUUGACCAGAAACAUUACGGCGUCUCUUUUUUUAUUUUCCAGAUAACUAACAACGGAAACUGGAUGCACUUAAAGUAUCAAAACAAAAUUCAGGCCAAAUGCGCCCUCAAUAAGAACGGACGCAUCUUCCUCGGUAACAUAAUGAUUGGCGUCCGCCGAUGCACUGACAUGGUAAGUUUGGCCAUCCCUUGCUCGGAAAAAAACGCUCAACAAUUCCCUCACCUGUACUAACCGAAUCGUGUUGCCAAUUGUUAAGGAGGUAAUGCGCAGCUCUGCCGCAAUCACUCUGGCUGAUGGCCUAUCCGCUAAGGUGCCCUCUGACGAAACGAAGGUUACUAUGCGGCCACCUGGAGCCGACUUCCGAUCUCCCGGUUUCCUCGAUUCGCCACUGCGCGAAGUGGGAAAUAAGCGUGAUGAUCUGAUAAACCACAGCUUCACCGGCCCAACGCAGAAGCCCGGUACUCCAUCGGCAGUGGAUCAGCGCCCCACAUCGGGGCUCACGCGGCACAGCUCCAUGCGACCCCUCACCGGCACCUACAGGCCACCUUGCUCCGCUCUUUCACGUACCUCACAAAACCAAUCCUUCAGAGUGCCCGUGAGUAGACGCAACAGCUAACAUUGCCUUUCCUCCUCCUCCCCUCUCCCCCCACUCCUCUCUUUCUCCUUCCCACCCCUCCCCCCACUCCUCCCCUCCUUAUUUUUCGUUCGCAUUUUGACGUUGGCGCCGUCGACAUCAUUGUUAAAGAUACUGACGUUGGUGCACAUUCCGACUGAAGUGCAUUCUCAAAUCCCUCCAUGGCUGCCAACAAUAGACGGCCGUCUACUUUGUUGACUUCACCGCUGCGUUCGACUUCGUUCAUCGUAAUUCCCUGUUGCGAAUAAUAGAACUAGGUAGUGUGUCGGCCAAACUCGUUGCCCAAUCGAUGCCUACUACCGCUUAACCACUGCGCGAGUGCUAGUCCAUAACAAGCUCUCCCAAUUGUUCCAUAUUCGGUCUGGCGCUCGGCAAGGUUUUAUCCUGUCGCUCAUUUUGUUCAACCACGCCAUUGAUUGGAUUCUCGGAAACGCACUACACGAAGUUGACGGUGUUGAGUUUGCACUCGGCUGCCUGCUGACUGAUGUCGACUACGCUGACGAUAUGGCUUUACUAGCUCCAAGCUUUGACCAAUUUGGUGUCUGUGGUGUCACGGGUGAAUAAGGUUGCUUAAUCCGUUGAUUUAUUCAUAAACGCUGGGAAGACCAGCAACCCGAAGUCUGGAGGGCCAUUCCUUACGUUAAAGGGGUCGCUGAAGCGGUCUCGCGACUGUUACAACCGACCAGAGUAGGCAUAGCCCAUCGACUCCAGGCAACAUUUCAACGCUGUAUGAUGCAACCUUAGAACUCAUUGCCACCCGCUGAAACCUCAGCAGUCAUAUACAAAAUAAAUUGCAAUGAGAGCGACUGCAACUAUGUGGUAGAAACCGGGCGAAAAUUGCAAACUCGCCUACAAGAGCACAAAUCGCCCACUCAGACGUUAGACGCUAACUCUCAACUAGCAACACACGUUGGAGAAACUGGGCGUACUUUUGAUCUCCAGAGGGCGACCAUCUUAGGCCGGGGCAACACAAAAGCAGACCGGCUAACUCUCGAGGCGUGGUUCUCCGAUGCCCACUCUAUUAACCGGCAUCUGGACAUUCCUGCAACUUAAAAAGUCCAACGUCAUCGCAGUCUUAGAGCUCAGGACCAAACAACCACACCGGACUUAAGAAGACCGUACGGAGACAGCCCGACGGCGAAUUUACUCGGUGAAGAAGAACAAGAACCGCCAGAGCGACCGCCCGACAAAGAUACUACCAGCUCUCCUCGAAGGAGUGGUGACUCACAAAGCACGCAGGCAAAACGCCUCGGUCUUCCGGGAGACCGAGGCACCCUGGGGACAUCAGGGUGUUUUCAAGCUGCGUCCCUGACCAAGGGAAGGCACCUCUCGCGAUUAAUGGCCGUCAGCUUUAAAAUGUAGGCAGUUCCAAUUACCUCAGGGCAAGGCCGUCGGCGAAGGACGACUGAGGUGGUUUGAGCACGCUAUUUGUCGUCCACCUCUUGAACUCUGUGUUGCUGUCCUCGAUCCGACCCUGUUGCCCGCCUGAAGACGUCAAAGAGGAGACCAACUCACAAUUCGGCACGGCACAGUUCGCCAGUACAGGAAGGUGGUAGGACCUUCUGUAUUCAGUCUCAGUCACUGAAGAGAAUGUGUUGAGCUCUUCAGAUCCUCUAUUACAGAUCGUCACGUGUGGAGAGGCAUGAUUUGCGAUAUCACUGAGGCCGGCUGAGUCAGGCAUGGUUGUAGCUGUGCCAAGUACAAAUACGUCCAUCGGGAAUCAUCACGGACGCCAGCAUGUCGAUUGCCAAUUGUGCUGCCGGUCAAAUAACCCUGAAUGGAAAUUCGGUCGUGCCUACUUCGUUACAACAAAGCGGACGAAGUAAACGGAGUGUCGUGUUUUUUUCGCAUAUAAUGCAUUGUUUACCACUUAAAACUGCGAUUUUAUCUUCCCAGCGCGGAUUGCAGAGUUGAUAAAUGCCCGCCGUCAUACCUGUGUGGGAUAAACUGCUUGAACAAGCAUCUUUUGCCACGGAGAUCCAGGCAUUGCUGGGGUGAGGGUGUUUCGCCACAAAGGCACGGAAAAAUCUAGGCACUUAUAUUGAGUUCUUUUUCGUAGAGUUUACCAUCAAGUCCGAAGAAGCGACAUCCUUACGAUUGCGAAGUUGGUGAGUGUUACGGAAGAGUUAGGUGCUCCAUACCUACCGAGUUUGGCCUUGAAUGAAUCCGCACAUGAGGAGUGAAUAAAUUCUUUGGGUAAGGCGUUCCAUGCUGCGAUCACUCUGCUACCUUAGAAAUAUUUGGGGGCAUCAGUCCAUGCUCCUCCCCCUCAAAUUUUGAGGGGAUGACCGCGCAAAAAGUGUGUGUUAGCUUGAAUGAAAAAAUCAUCAGGAAUAAAGUAACAGCCCAGUCCGUGCAUAAUGUGAACUGUUUGUAUGAGGUCCCCUGGUACCUGCCUAUAGGAAAGGGGGAAGAGGUUCAGGGUCAACCGCUGAUUUUCGUGGGGUAGUUACCCAAACCUUUGACCACUUUUCUCACUCGCCUCUGGACCUUCUCCAAGACGGUGCAGUCCUCGACGAUCCAAUGUCGCCAUGCCUGUAUAGCAUACUCGCACGGAUGUUCCAGAUAUUUUGAAGAAUCUGUCCUUGUCAAACACUGUAGAGGCCCGCCUGAUGAUUUUCAUACAUUUCCACUCUCGCAUUCAUGACGUACAGUAGGUGGGCUAACUCAUGAAAUGUCAGCUAAAAUUCCGAAAUGCGUUUCCGUUUCGAAAAGAUUAAUUAAGUUGGGUUGUAAAACCAAUCAUCUUGUAGCAUAAUUCUAUAAUAAUUCAGUUACCCCAGGAUGCCGGCUUUCGAACAAACUUCUUUUUGACUGCGUCCAAAAACCAUACUCCGUAAGAAAUGGCUACUUAAGUAGCAUGCAUUUUUUCAUUGAUUUGGGAUGCCCUUCAGGAUUCAGUCAUAUUUCAUAAAAGGCAUGCACAAAAAUCUUCAUUCUUUUGUUCAUUCAGUAGGAUGUUACGUAUUCUUUCAAUUCUACACUCGAAGGAAGGGUAUCAUUCAGUUUUAAAAAGUUUUUAAUUGUGAGAAUUUUUAAUACCGUGAAAUGGCCCUUUAUAAAACGUCAUGUGUCUGCACUUACCAAUGUGGCUCAAAUUCACUGCUUAAUUUUAUGAACCCUAUAUGGUCCCCUUUAUUAUCGUGGAGAAAUGUAUGGUUUUCCUUACGCGCAAAUUGUACGCCUUGUGGUUUGGGUACCCUGAAUGCAAAUGUAACGGCAGGUUGGGUUCAAAAUUAUUCGGGAGUUGGAAAAGUUUUAUAAAAACAAAUUAUACCCUUCCUUCGAGUGUAAAAUUAAAAGGAGACGUAAUUUUCUACUGAACGAACAAAGGAAUGAAUAUGUUUGUGCAUGUCUUUUAUGAACUAUAAUUGAAUCUUGAAGGUCAUCGAAAAUCAAUAAGAAAAAUGCAUGCUACUUAAGUAGUCAUUUCUUACGGAGUAUGGUUUUUGGAUGCAGCCAAAAAGAAGUUUGUUCGAAAUCCGGCGUCCUGGGGUAACUGAAUUAUUAUAGAAUUAUGCCGCAAGAUGAUUGGUUUUACAACCCUACUUAAUUAAUCUUUUCGAAACGGAAACGCAUUUCGGAAUUUUAGCUGACAUUUCAUGAGUUAGCCCAUUUACUGUAUCUGUCACUCUUUGCAGAUUAAAUGCCCACUUUUGCUCCGUAAAAACUUUAUUGGCAACAUUUUUUUGCAAUUUCGUACCAAUUAAUUUAUCUUCAAUAAUUAAAAGCGCAAAUCGCAUCAGUACUGUCCCCUACUCCCCCCAAUCAUUCUUCUGCUUUUUACCGCUUUAGCACGGUUCGUCCAAGGGAUCCGGUCUCCUUUCCAAGGCCCUUGAUUAUGUCUUCGGAUGGAAUUAA